AUGAGUCUAAUCGCAUCUUCAAAGGCAAACCUACCCAACCUUCGUCGGCUCUUUGUUGAGGCUCGAACAGAUGCUGAGGAGAGUGAAUAUUCGAGGAAUGCAUUUUACAAUGUGGUACUGUUCAUGUCAUCAGUAGCGGUCUUCAGUCUCGUGGCACAACGUAUGAGCAAGACGAGUUGA